GCCGCCAGCACCUUACUUCCUGCUCGGCCGCCCCGGGCCGGCCCCAUCGCGGCGGAGGGAUCCGCGGGAGCCGCAGCCUCCUCUCCCUGCUUCUGCUUUUUUUUUUUUUUUUUUUUUGUAAUUUUCCCUCCCCCUUCUGCAAGGGGGGCGAGGAGAUCAAUAAAUAAAUCCACCAAGCAAACAGCGCCCGAGCCCGGCCGGGUGACAGCGCGCGGCUCGCGGGCGGCCGGCAGCCCCUCUUCAGCCCAGCCCAGCCCAGCCCAGCCCGGCCCGACCGCCCCCGUGGGGCGUGCACGAGAUACCAGCUCAGGAGGGCUUUGGAAAGUCAAUUUCAGUUGGACAGCAGCAGGUUGUCGCACAGCAUUUUGUUUCUGCAUGACAGCUAUGGCAACACUGCACACCAUCUAAAAGAGAAUGAUAGGCCCCACCACCUAAGCUGGAGGUGCCUGGCUGAACCUAUUGUUCUGUUUAUGACUUGUGCUUUGGUCCUUUUAUGAAGAUGUGAAGCAACAUCAAUCUGAAAUUGGAAUUACAAACAGACUGGAGAGAAUUUAGUCUUUGUAACGUAAAUGGACAAGCUGAAUAAUAAGUAGUUCUAUUAUUUUUUUUUUCUUAGAACAUCUCAGGGUUUAAAGCGGUUUUAAUGGUUUUCAUACCUGUAAGGUCAGGACAAAUGUAACCAAAAUGGGGGACCAGCAGUUGUACAAAACUAACCACACUGCCAACAGCAAUGAUAACUUGUACUACCAACACCACCAGGUAAACUCUCUCCCUGCUUUAAACCACAGCUACGGAACAUCAAUCAUGGAUGCUUCUCAGGCUUCCCCCCUCUCUCCACAGUAUCCCCAGGAUUCAAGGGACGGUAUAGCUUUGACUGUAGGUUCAAAAAGCCUUGGGUCAUUGGAUUCAUCGCGACCAACCAGUUGGACACAUUCUGGUGCAGGAAACCAUGUCUCAGUAAGGAACAAUUUAAACAGUCAGAAUGCAAUGUGGAGCCCUCUAGGGCAGGGUGAAUCAGCUGAUGGAUACCAAUAUCCCUACUCUCCAGCUAAUGAAGUUCGAUCACAGAAAAUCACGAGUGGGGUUUUACAUAAACUAGACUCCUUUACGCAAGUAUUUGCUAACCAAAACUUAAGAAUUCAAGUCAACAACAUGACUCAGGUCUUGCAUGCUCCGUCUUCAGUGAUGGAUAAUGUCAAUGACAGCGCAUUGAGACAACUGCUGUCUCAAAAGUCUAGCAUUGAGCAACAGCCUGCAACUUCCACUGUGCAAAGAUACCAACAAGUGCCACAGCAAGUACAUCAGAGUUUUGCAAGCCCACAGCAAAAGCAACAAAUGCAAGUCAUGCAGCACCCACAGCAGUUGUAUUAUGAUUACCAGCAACACCUCUCCCAAAUGCAGAUGCAUUCUGCAGUUCAGCCAGGCCAGCCGCAUGUGCAACAAUUGCAGUCCCAGCAGCUGUUACCACAACAUUUACAGCAUUUACAGCAGAGCCAAUAUUACCUGCAACAGCAGCCACAGCAAGGACAGCAGCGGUUUUCAAUACAAGAAAUGCAGCAGGGGCAGCAACUAAGUCGGCAGCAGCAGCAAAGGCAGUGUCCAAUGCAAAUAGCACAGUAUUAUCAAACGCAACCUGCUAUGCAGCAGUUGCAGCCACAGCAACAGAUGGACUUGCAGCUGCCUUAUCACAGGGAUCCUGACCCAAAGACUCUGCAUGAAGCACACCAGUAUUCCCAGGAUCAGUCUCAUCCUGUACAGCUUAUACAGUUGGGAGCAGUGCCUCAGUAUUGCUACCAAGAUCCACAGCAGCAGUAUAGGCAUUUGUAUUCACAGAGCUUACUACAACAACAGGAGCAGCAACAAGAAGACGACACGAGUCAGGAUAAGCAGUAUCAAAGUGACAACAGGUCUCAAGCUCUGAUGAACUCCCAUAUUAGCCUCUCGGCACCAGAGGUAAUCGAGGAUCCCACAGAGCAGGAAAUUAAUUCAGUCAAUAAUACUCUUCCUCAUCGAACUCUGUUACCACCAUCAGGUGGCCAUCUAAAUAGCAAAGGAGCUCCGCAAGAAUCUCCCACUGCCAUUUGGCCUCAGCAGAUGCAACUGUCAGAUGGCAGACUGCAACCACUGUCCCCUGAGCAAAGUGACCAGAACAGAGGAUUGUUUCCUGAGAAAGCCAAUACAAAGAACAAGCUAACAUGCUCAAUAUGCUUGAAGGAAUUUAAGAGUUUACCAGCCCUAAAUGGUCACAUGAGGUCACAUGGGGGAGUAAGAGCCUCUCCGAGCUUUAAACAGGAGGAAAGCGAGAAACCACUACAGCAGCAACCGCCUAAAGAGGUGGAUAGCCUCGCGCCCAUCGUCAUGCCUGUUUCUGUCCCUGUAAAGCUUCUGUCGCCUGAGCCCAGCACGCAGCCCACUACCAACAGUACCACAGUCAAAGACAAGCCUGCCAACUCUGUAUCAGAUGAUGAGAUGCCAGUUCUCGUGAAGAUGACUUACUCUCCGCCGUGCAGUCCAAAAGUGGCCAAUCCCUGCUCAUCUUCUGAAGUCAACAGAAAGCCUCCUCUAAGUGCUUCAAAAUUGGAAGAAAACAUCAAACCCCUGCAGGACAAGAAAAAGUAUCGACAUAGACCUGAACCUCUCUUCAUACCUCCUCCUUCUUUCAACUUCCCUGCAUCCUACUCAGGUGCUACACUCUAUCAAAGUCAACUACGCUCUCCCCGCAUCCUAGGAGACCAUCUGCUGGACCGGGCACAUGAGCUUCCUCCUUACACUCCACCUCCUAUGCUUAGCCCAGUACGGCAAGGAUCCGGUCUCUUCAGCAGUGUUAUCACCUCGUCUCAUGGUGCAUCUCACCCCCAAUUGCCACUCACGCCUCUGACACCCACUCCGCGGGUCUUCCUGUGUCGAUCUAAUAGUAUUGAUGGAAACAAUGUUCCAGUGACUCCAGGGCCUGGAGAACAGACUGUUGACAUAGAACCACGAAUCAAUAUUGGUUCACGAUUCCAGGCUGAUAUCCCUGAUCUACAAGAUGAAUCUUUAAUAGAGAAAGACAUGCACAAGGCAACUUUAGUUUGGAAGCCAUGGCCAGAACUGGAAAAUAAAGGCUUCCAACAAAAAGUGGACACCCUUUUAAAUAUGUGUUGUUCAAGUGUGUUACCUGGUGGAGGAACUAAUUCAGAGUAUGCUUUGCACUCCCUCUUUGAGGCCAAAGGAGAUGUUAUGGCUACUCUAGAGAUGCUCCUUUUGAAGAAGCAAGAAAGAACGAAGUGUCAUCCUUUGGCAAAUUACCACUAUGCUGGAUCUGACAAGUGGACGAAACCCGAAAGAAAGCUUUUUAAGGAUGCACUGUCCAUUUACAGCAAAGAUUUUCUUUUUGUACAGAAAAUGGUUAAGUCUAAGACAGUUGCACAGUGUGUGGAAUACUACUAUACUUGGAAGAAAAUCAUGCGUCUGGGACGGAAACACAGAACACGUUUAGAAAAAAAGAGAGAUGAAUGCCUGACAAGUGGAGAAGAGGAGGUUUUAGAGGAUGAGGAAGAGGUGGAAGAAGACAGAAAAUGUGUAAAAGAAGAGGAAAGUGAAAUACAGAAAUCCCCUGAACCACCACCUAUCCCACUUGCACCCAUAGACCUGCCACCCCUUCAAAGUCUCUCACUUUCUGCAGCCUCUUUUAUCUGUGAAAUGCCAAACUGUGGUGCUGUGUUCAGCUCCAGACAAGCACUAAAUGGCCAUGCCCGUAUUCAUGGAGGUACCAAUCCAAUGACAAAAACAAGGUGUACAGUUUCAGUCAUUAAGCAAAAAUCUGGGACACAGAGUGGACACGGUUCAGUUAAAAGCUCACCUGCACACAGCACAACAAGUGGUGAGACGGACCCAACAACAAUUUUUCCUUGUAAAGAAUGUGGCAAGGUGUUUUUCAAAAUCAAAAGUCGCAAUGCUCAUAUGAAGACUCACAGACAACAGGAAGAACAACAAAGGCAAAAGGCUCAAAAAGCUGCUGUUGCAACAGAAAUGGCUGCUACUAUUGCAAGAACUACUGGGCCAGUUGGACAUGGUAUGAUCCCUCUGGAUCAUAUGGAUUUGAUUAAACAUGUGGAGGACCUUGAUGACGAUGUUGUUCAGGAGUUAGGUAAUGUCAUGGAAGAGAAUGAAGUCAUGGAAGCUGACCUCUUGUUGGAUGAUGAAGAUGCAGACCUGCUGCAGGAUGAUGCCGAGCUGUAAAUACAGAGCUGUCCCAUGCAGACAGCUCCUGGAUGCAUCAGUCAGGAAAUCUGAACUACCUGUUUAUUUUCCAUUGAUUUUUUUUUUUUAACUACCUGUAUAAAAACUGAUAAUUUCUUUAGUUCAGACCUAGAAAAAAUGCUUUUUUCCCAUUUUUUUUUUUUUUUUUAUCAAUCUGUGUUUUGGGGAAAAUAAAUAAUUAGCACAAAGAUUCUUAUAAGGUGUUUUAUCUGGGUUCUGUUUCACUGAGAUCUUUCAAAACCACUAAUAACAGAGAAGUCUAUAUAUCUAUUACUAUUUCUCUCCUGACUAUUAUCAGAGAAACUUUAAUUCUGUAGAGUUCUCUUCUCCUAUUCUCAGUUGAGCAUUACUAAGAAUGUGUUCGUUUACACUUGUUACUCUGGCCCCCUUUACUAGGUAAGAACUGUUGUCAUGCACUUCUGACAGGAUAGUUGUCUGCACUGGAUUGUACAGUGAGUUUCCAGAAGUAAACGUCACGUUUGGAGAUGCUGACUUGAUUAUUCUUCAGCUUUUUGUCCUGGUUUUAUUUGGAACUAAAAAAAAAAUCUGACCAAAUCUGAAAUAAUUACAAGUGUGAUUGUAUCAUGAAUAUCAUUGUACAUUUUCAGUUCUACCUUGCCUUAAUUUUUACCUGUUCUUGUUAUCUGUACCUGCAAAAGGUAAUGUUUAUACUGUACAUAUGGAGAUUCCACUUAAUUGGGUUUUAAAAAAAAAAGAGAGAUCCUCGGGCUUCCGAAUGACCUAAUCCAAGGAAUGAAGAAAGAUGAUGGUGAUUCUACUGUGAAUCACAUCCUAUGAAGGGAACACUGGAUUAGGAGCUCUACUUUUGUAAUUGGUGUGCACUGGAGAUAUAACCUGUUGUGCCAAUAAAUCACACUGUUGAAUAGCCAUUCCAGAGGCUUUGGGUGGUAGGGUAUGACUUCAUGCACACAGUGCAGAAGUAGAUUUUGUUUAAGGUUCAAUGUCAGGAGAUGCCCUUGUCACACAGAGGGAAUGGGUUGAGUGAUGCUGUUGAAUAAUAGUGGCAUGUUUUGGAUUUUGUUUUGUUGGGGUUUUUUGUUUGUUUUUUCCAAAUCCUUCCUAGGCCCGAAAUGUUGUUAUUCUUGUGCCAUUUUUGAGGAUUCACGUUUAAUUUCAUCAGGUUUAUAUAAAGUUUUUAUGGAGAAACAAGGAGACAAGGCUGUCAAGUCUUCCUCACACCUCUGUGUAACCCGGCUGUACGCACAAGUUCUUUGUAACCCCAUUGAUAAUUAACUUGAUUUGAUUUGUUGUGAUAGAGACAUACUACUGGACUCAUGGAGUUUUAUUCUCGAGUCCUAAACCAGAAGCAGGUUUAGGCAGCUCAUGGAGAGUUUACAUUUGACCGAUGGUCCUUCCUUACAAAAUAGCUAGUUUUUGAAGUUCUCCUUGGAAUAAAAUGCCGUAAAUAAUAUAAAGGCUUCAACAGAAUACUGAUACUCUUGUGAAUCCUGCACAGCAGAGCAGAACUGGAAAUUUUAUAGAACAUCUUUAUGAAAAAAUUUCAGAUUCUUCCUAAGUAACUAAAUCCUUAGAUGAUGGUGUCGCUAUGGACAUAGUCUUUCUAGUCUUUAAGAAGGCCUUCGACACUGCCUCUCAUCCUCAUGAAUAAAUUAAGUGACUGCGGCAUUGAUGCCUGCACAGUUGGAUAGGUAAAAAAUUGGCUGAUGGGACGCACCCAGAGAGUAGUGGUGGACGGGUUGUACUCAAUCUGGCGAGAUGUGAGCAGUGGGGUACCCCAGGGCUUGGUCCUCGGGCCUGCACUGUUUAACAUCUUCAUCAGCAAUUUGGAGGGGGUGGAAAGCACGCUGUCCAAGUUUGCUGAUGACACUAAGAUGUGGGGUGAGGUGGACACACUUCAAGGGAGAGAGAGUCUGCAACUCGAUUUAGACAGACUACAAAAGUGGGCAGAUGCAAAUAGGAUGGGGUUCAACGUAGACAAAUACAGGGUGCUGCACCUUGGGAGAAGGAAUCCACAGCAUACAUACAGGCUGGGGAGCUCCCUUCUUGAAAGCACAGAGGCGGAAAGGGAUCUUGGAGUCAUUAUUGACUCCAAGAUGAACAUAAGCUGCCAAUGCCAGACUGCAGCCAGCAAGGCCAGCCGUACCUUGUCAUGCAUCCAAAGGUGCAUCUCAAGCCGGUCCAGACAGGCAAUACUCCCCCUCUAUGUGACUUUGGUCAGGCCGCAGUUGGAGUACUGCAUCCAGUACUGGGCACCACACUUCAAAAGGGAUGUGGCCAGCCUGGAGAGGGUUCAGAGGAGGGCCACCCGCUUGGUGAGAGGGCAGCAGGACAGGCCCUACGAGGAGAGACUGAAGGACCUGAACCUGUUCAGCAAGAGGAUGCUGAGGGGGGUACCUGAUGGCUGCCUACAAGCUCAUCAGGGGAGAUCAACAGCAAAUAGGCAGAGCCCUUUUCUCCCCAGCACCGCCUGGGGUGACAAGGAACAAUGGUAAUAAGCUGAUGGAGAAUAGGUUUAGGUUAGAGAUCAGAAGGCAAUAUUUUACAGUUAGGGUAGGCAAAAUCUGGAACCAACUUCCCAGGGAAGUGGUCCUCGCCCCUACCUUGGGCAAAUUCAAGAGGAGGUUUGGUGAUCACCUGUCUGGGGUCUUGUGAAUCCAGCAUUCAUUCCUGCCUGUGGCAGGGGUUCAGGCUAGAUGAUCUGUUCAGGUCCCUCCUGACCCUAGCUACUACGAAACUACUAUGAAACUAUUCCUUUCUUUUUCUGCCAUAAGUAUUUCAUUCUUUUGCCACACUUCAGACAAGUUGUCUGGGGUCCCAAAUGCUUUCUUAACCAGAGUGCAAGAGGUUACACACCUGCUUCUUUUCUGUUAGUAAAACUAUUUAUAUCUGGGCAAAACGAAUAACAGAAAGCUGUUUCAGUUAACUUGUGCAGAUGUACAUGGCCCCACAGGUACAAAGCCAUUGCAAAUCAGAACCCAUAGGUUUAUGGGUAAAGAAGAGCCUCCCCAUCAAAGCAGAGGGACAAAAUCUGAAGAGUUGAAUGUUCUGCUAAUCACUAGUAAGAAAGUGGAAUCCACUCAACAGCUUCAAGUUACAAAGGCUCCUCUAUCUUUUUUGUCAGUGCGUGGAAGAAGCUGCUGGUUUCACUCCAACAGCAGCACCAUCUCUGCACAGCCAACCAUUACCCUCUCCUAUCCUAGGCAUGACUUCCUAAAUAGCUGUGCUAGCCAGGCUCAACCAACUGCUUUGAAGCAGAGAAACGCUGUAAAAUGUUGUAUAUGCUGUGUAUUUUACAAGUUUUGACUCAAAGCUGUGUAUGUUCUGGGUGUUUGCAGAAUCAGAGCCUUUGUACACAGUAACUUGCCCUGUCUUCUAUGGCCCUAAGGUAGCAGAACUUUAGUGAGUCCAUUCCAUUGUCUCUAUACCCAUGGAGCAUUAAACCCUGGGGGAUCCUCUACAGAGCCUUUUGUCCUAGCACGUGAAAAGAUGGAAGCAUUCUACAGAAGUAGCACUCCCCAAUGCAUGUUGGUAAGGAAGACAUCUGCAGGGACCAAUAAUGCCUUUAGUUUUCACUUGAUACUUACUCAGGCAAAACUACCAUUCAAGUUUAUUUAGAUUUUUUUUGUCUGAAAAAAAGUAAAAAUAAUACUGUCAAAACUUGUGGAUUUGACUCCCAGAGAGUUAAUAGAUGUGUUAUACUAAUCCCAUUCAACUAUUUUCUAGCUCUCUAAGGUAAAACUGGCAUACCUUUAUUUGUACCCACCAAAACAAUGAUAAAAAUAGUGACGUGACUUGAAAUAACCAAAGAAAUGUAGAUUUCUGAAAUAGUAUAGGCCUCAAUCAUUGACUCUGUAUUGCACUGUCUAAUGUUAAAAAAAAUGUUGUUCAGGCUUGUUCCUAAAUGUAGUUUAAAGGGUUCUCCUCCCUCCCACCCCAGGUGAUUUUUUUUUGCUAAUGAUUGAUGGUGUAAAACUGUUUACCAGGAGGUAGUUUCAUUCUUGAUCUUGGUUAUGUCUGGCAAAACCUGUACAUAGAAAAAAAAAUCAGUAUAUUUUAUGGAAAAAAAAAUCUUAUUUUCAAAUAUAUUUAACUGUUAUAUUUUAUUGGAAGAAGGUUGUAAAUAUUUUAGGAGCUCUAGUGUAAAAAAAAAAAAAAAACAAAUUGUACUGUUGGGUGUGGGAAAAGUAAUGAAAAUAAAACUACAUGUUUAAUGUAGUUGAUUUAUUUCAGUUAUAGCUUCAGAAUAUUAGCAUCAAUCUUGCAUGCAAUUUAAUUUCAGGAUGUAACUUAUUCAGAUUUGCACUAGAAUGGCUUAAUUUCACAAUCUAGUAUUUGUUUAUCUGUAUUUUUUCUUGGAUUCAGCAUAUGUGGUACAUAUCAAAAAGCACUAUGUAUAGAGUAUUCAGUACUAUUUCCUUUUGUAACGGUUGUAUCUGUACAAUCAAAAGGUUUUAUGUAACAUUUUGGCAAACAGAGGACAGUAUUUUCUAGUGAAUUUUAUACUUUUGAUAAAAUGUAGUUUUUUGGGUUUUGCUACCAUGGUGAAAAUUUCUUUUAAUAAAUUAAUCUGUUUUAAAAAGUAUAGGGGGGGUUGAAAAGUUACAUGUAUGUAAAAAAUAUAUAUAGUUACAUUGUUGAUGGCUUUAAAAGGGCAUUCCUUAGUAAGUGGUAAUUGGAAUUCUGAACCCUUCCAGAAAGAAUAUUGUUUCCCCUGCAUACACCUUCAUUUUGGUUUAAAAACAAAAAAAAACAAAAAACUAUACCCAAAUAUUCAUGUUGAUCACAUGAUAUGGACGUGUUCAGAAAGGGAAAAACUGGAUGAUGGGCCAUAAUUCGAAAACAAAAAAUAGUCUGUUUAACCCUGUUUUGGAAACAUAUUUCUGUCCAAUAAAUACAUGAAAACUC